CAAAAGCCAUGCCACGUCCUUCAAAGGCAUUGAUUGAUAAGACCUUUAAGCAACUUUUUGAGCUUAAACAAUGUAAAUAAACAUCGCCUUACAUGUGCCUUUUUCUUAAGAUAUAUAGUGAAUCAAGAAUCAAUUUUGAUUCUUCAUGCAUUGUUUAGUGACACGCUAUUAGAAGCGAUUCAUAUCGCCGAGAGUAAAUCUGGUAAGCACUGCAGCAAUUAAUCGAGAAGCCUAAAUAUGUUCCUAGUGGCCAAAGUAAAAAGUAAUUCAGGACGUGUUGUGUUUAGAGUUUCGGACUUGUGUUUAUACCCAGAAGAAGAGCGAGUAGGAAAAGAAAAAGAGGAUGAAGAAAUAGAAAACAUAUUCACUUGCCUUUUGUUUCCAAGGCAUUGUUCAUGUGAGACGUUCUUAAAAGAAGUGAUUUUACAAGACAAAUCGAUUAUGUGUCGCCAUCUUUUAGCCAUUAUGAUUAGCCAUGCAUUGAAUAUUUCUGAAAAUAUUCAAUUGAAUGAUGAAGAUUUUGCAGAGCACUAUUACAGUUGGGUAGCAUAAUGCGCGUUCCCUUUUUU